UCUCAUUAUCCUCCAAUAUUCAAGCAAAUGGCGGGCAAGCGGAAGCUCAGUAGUGAGGAAGAUGCGGCUGCGUCGAUGGCGCUGACGCCCGCGGGGCAGACGCAGCUGGCCAAGCGCUCGCGCGUGACGGAGAUUGUGGCGGUGGAUCCGGCGGUGGUGGCGUCGAAGCGCGUGGGGGACCGGACGUCGGGUCUUAUGGCACCCACGAUGCUGCUCUCGGGUCAUAGUGCGGCCGUGUAUUCGCUCAAAUUCAGUCCGUCAGGGCAGCACGUGGCAUCGUGCUCAUUUGAUCGCAGCAUUUUGCUCUGGGACGUGUAUGGCGAGUGCCGCAAUUAUAACGUAUUCAACGGCCACAAGAACGCGGUGCUGGAAGUGCAGUGGACGUACGACAGUGCACAGGUGGUGUCCGCCUCGGCCGACAAGACUGUCGGGCUCUGGGAUGCCGAGAGCGGCAGUCGCAUUAAGAAGUUCGCAGGCCAUUCGUCCAUAGUCAACAGCUGCUGCCCUGUGACCAGCGGCCCCACGCUCAUCGUAAGUGGCAGCGACGACUGCACCACCAAGAUCUGGGACGUUCGCUCUAAGCGCGCUGUCAAGUCGUUCGAGAACAAAUUCCAGGUCACAGCUGUGUGUUUCUCCGGCGACAAUUCCCAAGUCAUUACUGGAGGACUGGACGGAGACAUCAAGAUGUGGGAUCUCCGCAAGGACGAGGUGAGUACAGUGCUACAAGGCCACGCGGACAUUGUGACGGGUGUGAGUCUCAGUCCGGACGGCAGCUACUUGUUGUCCAAUGCUAUGGACUCGACUGUGAGGAAGUGGGAUGUUCGGCCGUUCGUCAAGGGGGAGCGACUCAAGACUACGUUCAUGGGAGCCAAGCACAGCUUCGAUCGUACGCUUAUUCGCUGUGGCUGGUCGUCCGACAUGCGCUUUGUAGCGAGCGGAUCGGCAGAUCGCUACGUGUACAUUUGGGACGCCGAGACGGGCAACCUACGCUACCACUUGCCAGGACACACAGGCAGCGUGAACGAAGCCACUUUCCACCCCACAGAACCCAUUGUAGGCUCGUGCAGCAGUGACAAGACCAUUUACCUAGGAGAACUGGCGGAGAUGUAGAAACUGACAGAAAACUACAACAGGUAAAGCGAUUUACAAUCAUCCAUAUUCUACUUAGAAUGGUGCACAAAAGUUUUAAGUACCUAAUGUCGGUCGGUUUAGAGCUCGACUGCGGGGGUUUGUUGAC